AAUCUCUUCGUUGGCUGCGUCGUGGUCGUCGCAAUCAAAUAAAAUUAAAUCAAAUCGAAUCGAAUUGGCGGUGCGCGUGCUGACUGUUUAGAAUUCCUACAUAUUUUAAUAGGAUCGUACAAGAUCGACGGCCAAAGUCGUGGUCUUAUCGAGCUCGGUGCGUGCAUGCAAAUUUUUGGCAUAAAACAGCAGCGACUUCUUGGAGGCAGCGCACUAGUCAGAGCAGUUCCGCCGGGGCAGCAGCUACUCCAAUACUCCAAACCAAACUAACUAAGCUCAACCAACCAAGCAAAUCACCUGUGGAAAUUUCGUAAUCCCAGCCAGGAACAUUCCGAACGCGAGUGAAAGUGCGCGAGUGUUGGUGCGGCCGAAAUCAAAGAUAAUUUCUCACUUCAAUUGUACUUGUGCCAGCGGGUCAGUAGCAGUUGUACAUCAUCAUUGGAAAAACAGAAUCAGAAACAGAGCCAUCAUGAGUGGAUACACAGACCUCACCAAGCUGGAGACGAGUCGGAACUGCCUGCGCCGCAUCGCCCGUCACGAUGAGCAGCAGUUUUCCAAAGACAGCAUUGUCAAUGUGAUGGAGAAAUUUGUUAAGACUGUCAACAUUAUGGACGACACCAUACUGGUGCCUUGCAGGCUCAUGGAUCGACAGAUCGGCGACAGCACUGACAUCAUCGCAGCCACCGGCAAGGACUCAACCGCCAACCAACUGACACAGAGCUCCAGUGCCCAGGGCAAGCGGGGGGCGGCGCACUCGAAGAACGUGCAAGACUUUCUCAGCGCCUCCGAGCUGUUCAAUCUGUACAACAUGCUGAACUCUCUCAAAAAGGAUCUUCUGUGGACCGCCAACCAGGAAGACGACGAGCAGCACCCCCAGCAGCAGCAGCCCAACGCUUCAUCCAACCCCACUUCGAAUUGCAAUCCCAGCGAGAGCAAGACUGAGUCCAGCGGCAGCCAACAAAACACAACCGCUUCAAGCAGUGUCAAGGGCCAUGUGCGCCGCACCUCCACCGCCUCGAUGAUGUCCACCAACUCGGUGAGCAACAUGAGCGACUCGGACUCGGACAUCUCGCAGGAGAACGAUUCGGGUCUGGAGUCGGACGGCAACAAGAGCGACAACGCCCAGAGCAGCGACGGCAGCGACAUCGUGGACGUGGCCAAGUCAAAGCAGGGCUCCGGGGACAAGGCCACGGAGCUGGCGCAGCGCUGCCGGAGGCAUCUGAACGGUCUGUACCAGUGCCUGGAACAAAUGACAGAGGCGGCCAACUACCUGACCGCCAGAUACCAAAGUGAUAUUGGGCCCGUUUAGGACGCCCAACCAAACGCCUUCUCGACCCUCUUCUCCUACGCCUCCUAAUCCUACACCUACACCUAGAAUUUCACUUCCUUUCGAGCUGGGCGGGGUUAACUUCAUACCAUAUUAGCGGGCGGGUCUUACUCUCAUUAGUAUCAAGAGAACCAAGUGUGAGGUCUUUUUCUAACUUUAACUAUAACUGUAUCUGUAUAUCUAUAUCUGUGUAUAUGAUAAUGUAUAUGUAUAUGUAACUUGAGGGGGUGCUAAGUAAGACAUAUGAGGAUCGUAUGUGUGCAUGAGGAUUGUAUAAAUGUAUAACUGAGGAUGAUAAAUAACAACUGGUAGUUAUAGUAGUUAAAGCAGCGCUUUUCAAAAAAAGAGUUAUGUUGUAAAAAUUGUAACCUCUACGUUGUAUCCCUCUAAUGGGUUUAAGGGAAAACGAAAUUAGAAAACGAAACACAGAAGCCAAUCAAAUCUAUUCCGAUCAUUCCUUCUGUGUCCGUUGGGGCCCCACUGCGGCCAAGUCAAAAUGUUAUCCAUUGCGCAGCUGUGGCCCUUACCCACAUAUCCCUGGUUCUUUGCAAUUUAAUUUUCGUAUAUGUAUUGGAGAUAGCUAUGGGAACUGCAGAUACAACACUAAAGCAAACAAUGUUCAACAAGUACAAGAAAUUUAAUUUCUAACUAAAUAACAAUUACGAACACAAGUGAAGUGGGAGCGGUAGCGAGCGAAAACGGCUUGCUUCACUUUAGCCUGUAUGCAAAUUUAUAUAUUCCACAAUUGUUAUUGUAAUUGUUUAAGCCAACUAUUUGUGCCGUUAUGUUUCGUUUGGUUUCCACUUUGCAGCCGACCAGCGAUAUCCAGGGGCUUUAAAGGAAGUGGCAUGGGGACCUUCCCAGUUCCACCGAAACUCAAUCCCUGCAUGUCGUUGGUUCGGCAUCGAAGUCUGCAGAGCAAACUGUAAAUUAUUAACGUUAAAAGCGCUUGUGCGAAAGCUAAAAGAGAAUUAUUUAUACACAAUAAAUAAAUUUUACUUAGAAAACAUA